CAAUGUCAAUUAGAAAACCAUCUCCGGCUACAAGCUCUAACCAGUCCCGAAAUGUUGAAGCCCAAAUGGACACUUUGGACACUGAAUAUAAUUACUACCGCGCAUUAUUACAAGAACUGAUCCCAGCGCUGCACAACCCGGACGAACAGGAGCAUGCCAACAGAUGGCUCACGAGACUCACUGAUUUGUCUCUAAACGUGAAAAAUCUCCGAGACAAACGAAAUCGAUUCCUAAUGAUGCUCUGCCUUUGCUUAUUCACCGGUCACGUUCAAACUCCAUUCGAUUCGCCUCCCCCAGCUAAGCUUCCUGAGCUAUCUACGAUGAAAAAACCCAAAUUCAGCCCUGCUGAAUGGCAUACAGCAGCCGGCGAAUGGAAAGAACAUCUGGCACUUAUGAACGAACUGUUGAAGAAGCUAAAGCUUCCGGCGCCCCGUAAGUGUUCAGUUCAUCCGAAGCUGUGCAGUGGAGGAAAGGAUGCUCGUGGAACGUUUCUCGAUCGACAGUUCGAGUUCUUCCUGCACCUCGCUCGGAGCUAUCUUCGUUCUUUGAACACAUAUCCGGACAGCCGUAUAGCCUGCCGGUGGAUCGAAGCGCUAUCGCAGAUCGAUCAAAACUGUUGCAUUAGAACGAAAGGUAUCCGGAACGAUUACAUGCUGUUUCUAAUGGGUUACCUCUUACAGCAUCGUCUGCUGGGACCCUUCUGUAGACUUCCCGUUCUACCGUUAGAAGAAUUGAUGGAUGGAGCUAGAAAGGCGGCCGAGAGCGAGCCUUUAAUCAAAGUCAACACACCAGAGGUCAACAGGGAACAUGAUUUUCUGAAACAUUUUCCUCUGCCAGAGGAGGGCGUGUUCGCCUUCAUCUCGCUCUCAUCGGAUUAUUUGAAAUCGAUCCAAGAGUAGUAUCUCGGUUAGACCGAGGUAAAACAUAGGAUAGGAAAUAGUUUGACCAAACUGAAUAAAACGGAAAUUAU